AUGGCGUUAGCAGCAUACAGACACCUCCUGCGAUCCACGCGCAUAGCCUUCCAAGGCGACUCAUUCCGCCUCAUGUCCGCCCGCCAUGCCGCCCGCGACGGCUUCGAGCAAAACCGCUCUCUCCCGCCGAGUAGCACAGAUGCCUCAAAUGCCGUCACACAUGCCGAAGAAGUAGCCAAGAUAUUACGGGAGAACGUUGUUCAGGGGCAGGCGAUACAAGAAUCAGGAGACGAGCAAUACUACAAGUUGCGGAUACACGAGCACACGGAGAGGGGCGACAAUGAGUCGAUCAAGAAAGCCGGGAAGACGGCGGGGAGGAGAGCCACCAAUCUAGCUGGGAAAUGCGCUUCGUUAUGA